GGGAGCUCACCGGCUAGGUUACUGUGGCCGGAGUGGCGUGAACGACCGAAGAUAAAAUGCAGGACCCCAACGCAGACACCGAGUGGAAUGACAUCUUACGCAAAAAGGGCAUCUUACCCUCGAAGGAAAGUCUGAAAGACUUGGAAAAGGAGGCAGAAGAGGAGGAGCAGAGAGCCCUCCAGCAGUCAGUGGUGAAAACAUAUGAAGAUAUGACUUUGGAAGAGCUAGAGGAUCAUGAAGAUGAAUUCAAUGAGGAGGAUGAACGUGCUAUCGAAAUGUACAGGCAGCAAAGACUGGCCGAGUGGAAAGCAAGUCAACUGAAAAAUAAAUUUGGAGAAGUUUUGGAGAUCUCAGGAAAGGACUAUGUUCAAGAAGUUACCAAAGCCGGCGAGGGCGUGUGGGUAAUCUUGCACCUUUACAAACAAGGGAUUCCCCUCUGUGCCCUGAUAAAUCAAUACUUCAGUGAACUUGCCAGGAAGUUUCCUGAUGUCAAAUUUAUCAAAGCCAUUUCCACAACCUGCAUACCCAACUACCCUGAUAGGAACCUGCCCACAAUAUUUGUUUCCCUUGAAGGUGAAAUCAAGGCUCAGUUCAUUGGUCCUCUGGUGUUUGGCGGCAUGAACCUGACCAGAGAUGAGUUGGAGUGGAAGCUGUCUGAGUCUGGCGCCAUCAAGACCGACCUGGAGGAGAACCCGAAGAAGCCGAUUGAAGACGCCUUGCUGUCCUCGGUGCGCUGCUCUGUCCCCAUGAGGAGGGACAGUGAUUCUGAGGGUGACUAGAGCUGUAGUUGCCACAACUUGCCGAACUCGUGAUGGGGCGGAUUGUCUGGAUUUUUGUAAAAAAGAAAAAGCAAGAAGGAGCCCUUUUGGUUUUUAGCCUUUUAUAAUUAUGUUUUAAAUCUCAGAUGUUUUAUAAAUAAUUAUUGGUGGGGAUUCUAUUAAAUUUCUUGGAACUCUCUUUUUAAAUUAUAUUUCUUUUUUAAAAAAUUAAAACCGGUUUUUAGAAUAGCAAAUGUC